CAGAACACAAGUUUACGGAUGAUUCGCUGAAAUAUGUGUCGGAGACGGAUCUCAUAAAAAUCGGAAUAACUGAGAUGGGACCCAGGCUUGUUAUUCUGUCAGAAGCAGCCAAGAGGAAUUGUCCAUCACCAACUCCAUCGACGUCCGGAAGUGGUCCUUUAAAAGAAAAAAAUGUGGAUGAAAACCGUGUUCCGACUGAACCACUAGUCGAGCAAAGAACCAUUCGGCAGAUUUUGGAGUCCAACUCAAAAUUUCGGAAAAUUUUGUUUUCAAAGCUAGAUGCUGGUAUCGUACCGCCGCACAACGGCUUAUUGCUGAUGGUCCGUACUUUAUGUGAAGGAAUGUUCGCAGGUCAACAAUAUCCCACCACUGACCAGAAGUUGGCAUUGGCUAUAAAAAUCAUAGACGCAUUUCCCGUUUUGAAAAAAACAAAACUAUCAGAAGUCAGCCCAGAUUACUCAUUUUUCUUCUGGAAGAACGGAGGUAAAGGACCAGGCCAUGAGCAUUCCGGGGUCAUACAAACACAUACUCGAAAUGUAUGCAAGAACGUUUCACCAAGCAAAAAAAAGUUCACCCGCAAACCGAAAAAUAAACAAGUAAUCAACGUUUCAUCCGAAAUAGUUGAGAUGGCUCAAGAGAUGGCUCAAAUCGAAGCAACAUCGAGUAGCUUCAACAACAUUGCUAGAAGCAUGGCAGAGACGCAUGACUUGCUCAUUAUGAUGUUAGAUGCCAAAUCAAAAACUUUCGAGAUAUUGAAUGUUUUCCCGCAUUUUCGAUCAUACAACGGAAUGAUAAUUCAGAAAGCGUACGAGCGAUUGAUGCCAUCAUACAAUAAGGAGUCCAAUUUGAAGCAAGUAUUUGCUAGAGGUCUUCUAGUAAACAGAGGCACUUUUUCGACGUUUCUUGAUGAUAAUGUCCGAGGAUGUCUACGCAUUCUCGUUUCCCUCACCAGAAGGGGUGUACGAAAAUCUUCCUUGGAGGAGUCUACAGACAUCGAAGCAGAACUAGCGGCUCCGAUAAUUCGAUGUAUCACGGAUGCUGAAACAGCUUUACAAGAGCAAUUAAUGAAGUAUGUUGCCUGGAAUGUCGAUGCUAACGUUGAUGUGGCGCCCCAUCUGAUUUUCAACGGCAACAAUUACUUUAUUUACGUUGACGCUCAACUCAUCCACGGUGGAAUUGACUCCAUCCGCGCGCUGGACACUCUAUUUAAAGUGUUCACUGUUUUCAACAUUCGUCCGCCAGCAGAAGUGCAAAAAAUUAUUGAUUUCAUCGAAAUCAUAUGUUAUGGAAUCAAAACGACUAGCACCCGUCAGAUGGUCAAUCGUUUGGUUUCAUCGUUUAAGGAAUCCAUCCAUGCUGACGAAAAAGAUGCUGAUGAAUAAUGUAUAAAUAU